CGGAUGUGUUUUGAGCGUCCAGCAGGAGUUUGCUACGUUUCCAACGUUUGCUAAUAAUUCGUUCUAGAUGGACUUAAAAUACGUGCUUUAAAAGCUGAAACAGCGACUAAGGAACACUGGAACACGCUGACCGCAGAUGAAGACUCUCUGCGGGCUCGAUAAAUGUAGGCUGCGUAAAGACGCUGUGCGAUUUUAACAUGAUCUGUCUUACGUUCUGUCCAUGCAACUUCUAAACUAACCCGAAUAGUAAUCAUUCAGGUUACGGACGAUAAACCACUCGUUUUCCAAAACGGUGUGUCCAGGUAGAGCUUCCUGAAGAGAAACACUCGUGAGUGCUUUGAAAACUGUGAAGAUGGCUUCCGGACAGUCUAGUGGAGGUCAGAGUGAAGAGCUGCUAGCAGCACUAAUAGGAAGCAGAAAAGCUGUGAAAUAUGGAAAAGACAACCUUCUCUUUGGCAAAGAUAAACAAGACAACCUAAAACCAAUGAAAGUAGCUAGCCACCUGUCUGUGGUCAACAUGAUGAAGCUAAUUAAAACUACAGAGAGUUGCCCUUUUCAAAAAGAGAUUAAUGCCUUUUUAUUGGUAAUUAAACUGCCAAGUGCAUCACAAUGCAAAUGGUACAAAAUUAAUAAAUGUAUUGAAAAAGCAAAAAUUACAAUGGAUCAUAUCCAGAGACAUUAUGGAGAGACAGCACUAGCUAACACAAUGAUCCUUUUUACCAGAGGAAAUAAUCCAGUAAGUGAUUUUGAACAGAGCCCAGACAUCCAAAAUCUCCUUAAGAAAUGUAGUGGAGUAACGUACACUUGCUGUAAACGAAUGAAGAAUCAUCAAGAAAUCUCAGAGUUGGUUGACAAAAUCAAGUCCAUUACUCAGCAUAAGGAUAACAGGCCUCAGGAACAGAAUAGUAUGAGGAACAAAGAAGAACAUGAAGAAGACGGAAAUCUCAAAGAAGAAAAGCUAAACAACAAACUCAGAGGAGACAUGACAAUGCAGGGGCUGAAUAACACAGAAAUUAUAGAAGAGGAACGGACAGUGGACGAGACAAAGGCUAUUCAAGCCUGUCAAUGGGAUGGUAAGCAAGACGAAAGCAGACAAUCAGAAAACCAGCUCUUCAGUAAACAGGAAUAUCAGGAACAAUCGGGAAGGACAUCAGCCACAGGAAGAGUAGAGACAGACAGAACUGUACAGCAUUCAACAAAACAGGAAGACAACAAUAUGAGGAAGCAAGAGGAACAUGAAGAAGAUGGAAGUCUCGAAGAAAUGCAAAACAACGAGCUCAAUGGUGACAGAACAUGGGUUCCUGCAUUAAGUAAUGAAAACGCAGAACAACACAAGGUGCCUGUGGUUGUAGAGAACCUGUCACAGAGGAGGGCAUCCAGCAGAAAUACACAACAACUUCACAGUUCACAGGACAGUACCAAAGAGAUACCUGUGGAUAGUGCUGAGGAACUUCUGCAGAGAUUUGGACUGCAGAAUUUCUAUCCCAACAAACUUAAUAUGGAUGCUGUCCUGUGUGUAGAAAGAUCAAAGGAAACACUUCAGACAGAAAGCAGUGUGGCUUUUAAUUACCUGCAGAAGCUGCUGAUGCUGAACUACAGAGCAAGAUUCAUAACAGAAGAAAAGAACAACCCAGAUAUAAUUUUUCCUAUUAUAUCAAGAGAGGACUAUGAAAGCAAAAAAUACACUGACAAUGAUAGUUUGUUUGGAGACAUAGAGGAUGAUGUCAACAAUCAGUCCAAUCAAAUUCACCCAAUGGACGUCCAGAUGGCAGUUUUCCACUGUGCAGACAGUUUCCUGAGGCAGUACAUGGUGACUAAACUCUCCUCCUGCCAAUACGCUCUGCCUCUGCUUGUGCCCAGUCCUACAUCUACAGACAUUGAACUCCCUCUCUGGACCUUUCGGCAGAUCAAGAAGACCUGGAAGUCAGUUGGUGGUCUCAGCACAUCAUUGCCAGUCUGUCAGAUUAAAGCUCCAAUGGUGUUUUUCUGCAGGCUGGGCUCUGUUUCCACUUCCAAAUCCCAGCUGCUGAAUUCUGUGAUUAACCCAAAGCACAACAUUUUCUUCCACAGAGACAGUCCAGGCAGCAGCAGGAACUGCCUGUUCAUGGAGGGGCUGGUGGAGAUUGCCUGGUACUGUCCUGCAGGAAACACUGAUGACCUUUUCAGUGAAUGCCUCGCAUUCUGCAAUCUUCAUGGAGAUGCUUCAGAGCACAUAGAACAAAGAGAGUUUAUGAUUGAACAGGCCACAGUCAUUAUUGUCCUGAUGCAAAAUUUGGAGCUUGAUGAGAAAGGCAAGGAGUUGUUAUUGAAGCUUCACAAGUCUUCAAAACCUUUAAUCUGUGUUGUCAGUGAUCUACAGAAAGGUCCUCUUAAGAUGGGAACUAAGUAUAAUGUGAAAAUUGGACUCAAAGACAGGAAUAACGCUGAGUUACAUAAGGAACUGAUAACUACCAUUAAAGUAUGUUUGAAGAAAUGUGAUUCAAGUCCCACUUUCAGCCUUAUGGAAAUCUCAGAACUGACUAAAAGCUAUAAGUUCAGAAUUGAUGAAGACAAUGAGGAAUGCCAGGAAGGAAAGACUGGAGCUCUGGGGAUCAUAAAGCUGCUGAAAGGAGAAGACAUCUCCCAAAUCAAGGCCACUUUCCUGGCUUGUCAGGGGAAACUGUGGCAGGAGUGGAGCAGAAAGAAGAAGCAGCUUUAUCGCUUGUAUGGAGAUGUGGAACAGACCAAGAGCAAAAUACAGGAGGAAAUGAAGUCACUACGCAAACAACAAAGAGAGUCUUCACUUGAAUUUAUCACCACUGUUUGUGAAAAUUUAAAUUCCAAGUCAGUUACAAAGAAAAUGUACUUUGUGAGAUGGCUUGGAGUCUACCUGGACAUCUCAUUUUCAGAGAAGCUUUCAGAAGUUACUCAGCAAUAUUACAAACAGUUGUCUGCAGUACAUCUUUUUAAACAAAAGAGAGAAGUAAGUGAUGAUUUCAGAAAAAAGGAGGAAGAACUUGAAAAAUUAUCAGAGAAGGUGGAUGUAGUGACACUUGGUCUGGAGCACAUAGUGAGAGAAAUGGGUCAGAUUUAUGAGGCCUGGGCUGAAACUCCUGACAGAAUGACAGCAGAGGUUUCUAUUCUCCCUGUUCUGGCUGCAGACCUCCUGAUCUCUGGACAUCCACUGGAGCUGAUGGAUGGAGAUGCUGCUCAUGUCCCUCUGACCUGGAUAGAGUCUGUUCUGGACAAGGUCACUGAGAGCCUGGGGGACCAGAGAGUGUUCGUGCUGUCUGUUCUGGGUCUGCAGAGCUCAGGAAAGUCCACCAUGUUGAACGCCAUGUUUGGGCUGCAGUUUGCUGUGAGUGCUGGCAGGUGCACAAGGGGAGCUUUCAUGCAGCUGAUCAGAGUGAAAGAAGAGGUUAAAGACCAGCUGAAGUUUGACUACCUGCUUGUGGUCGACACAGAGGGGCUUCAGGCUUUAGAGCUGGCUGGAAAAUCAAGAAUGAAUCAUGACAAUGAACUGGCCACUUUCAUCAUUGGCCUGGGAAAUAUGACCCUGAUAAAUGUAUUUGGUGAAAAUCCUGCAGAAAUACAGGAAGUCCUUCAAGUCGCUGUUGAGGCCAUACUUAGAAUGAAUAAAGUGAGACUGAAUCCAAGCUGCAUGUUUGUGCAUCAGAAUGUGACCGACAUCACAGCUGCAGAAAAAAAUAUGGAGGGAAGCAGACGUCUGCUAGAGAAACUGGAUGAAGUUGCAGUUUCAGUUGCUAAAACAGAGGGUUAUGAUUUAAAAUGCUUCAGUGAUGUGAUCAAAUUCAACAUACAGACAGAUGUGCAUUACUUUGCCCAGCUGUGGGAGGGAAACCCCCCCAUGGCUCCCCCAAACCCACGUUACAGUGAAAAUAUUGAAAAUCUGAAACAGGCCAUUCUCAAAGCUGCAGCAGGAAAGAACUGUCUAAAACUCUCAGAGCUCAAAGUCCGUAUUAAAGACCUGUGGAGUGCAGUGCUGAAUGAAGACUUUGUGUUCAGCUUCAAGAACACACUGGAAAUAUCAGUAUACAGGAGAUUGGAGGUCAUGUAUGGGAACUGGACGUGGUCUCUUAGGAAAGCCUCACUGGUUAUUGAGAACAAACUACGCAAUAGGAUAGAAAAUGCAAAACAACUAUCGAUCAGUCACAGAAUGAUCCAUGAAGAAAUAAAUGUGACUUUCAGUAACAUAUUAAGAGAAAUGGAAAAGUUCUUUACAAAAGACAAAGACACAAAGAUCCUUUCUCAGUGGAAGGAAAGAACUGAAAAAAAAAUUCAAGAGCUGACAAAUAGCCUAGCUGAAGAGACUAAAAUGAGGUUAGACCGAGCAGUACAGCAGAAAAAAAAAGGGACAAAGCUAGAUGAAUUAAAAUCACAGUAUGAGGAAGAGCUGUUAAACAAGAGUAAAGAUUUGGCUUCUACACUGAAAGAUAAGGCCAUGAAUGAGCUGGACUUCAAAAGAGAGUUUGACUCAAUGUGGGGAAAAUGGCUUUCAGAUCUGAGGGUAGAAACGCCUCCAACUAAAGACGUCAAUGUAGAGCAGGAAGUGAUGAACAUACUGAGUUCAUAUUUUGAACGUCGCACCAUUUAUUCCAACACAGACACUGGACAUUACACAGAGAUUUAUAACAGAAGAGAUUAUUCUGACUAUGUCACAGUGAAGAAAGGCAUGUUUGGCAUUUCAUAUUAUAGUUUGGACACCAAAGAUCAUGACUCAGUCAGAAAGCUAGUGCAGCAGACAGUGAGAGAAGCCGAGGAGAUCAUUAGAACUAAACCAGUGGACAAAACAGGCUACAGUGACGCUUACACACAGGAGAUUGUGAACUGUGUGAAGAAGAGAGUGGCAGAGUUUAAAGCUGAGAAAUUCACCCUGAAGAAUGAAUUCACAGUGGAUCUGUCUCUGUAUAUCUGUUCCAUUGCAGUAAGAAGGUUCACUGAUCUUCACAAGGUCUUCAGAGACGCUAAUGAUCCUGUGAUUUACCUGGAAAAUAAGAAAGGAGAAUUUUUCUCCAUCUUCAAGAAGCAAUGUGAAGGAGCAACAGCCACUGCUGUGUUUGCAGACUUUGUCUGUAACAAACUCAAGCCGUCUAUCCUGCAGUCUGUCUAUGAUCAAACUGCCAUUGAUGCAGCUGGAGAAAUGAGAGCAAACUUCCCAGCAUUCAAUGGAAACAGGUCAAACCUGGAAAAACACAUCCUGCUUGAUCUGGCAGAAGCUGAAAGCUUUGACAGAUUCAUCACCUACAUCGAGGAUCCAAAGAAACACUUUUCAGAUUUUAUAGAAACAAAAUUUAAAGAGCAAAUUCUGGAAGGGAGAAACCCCAGAAUACUGGACAUUCUGAGGAACGCUGCAAACAUGAAGCAGUUCAGUGUUUCCACAGCCAUCCAGAAGGCCACAGAGGAAACUAAACAGAACAAAGGAGAUGUGAAUGAGUGGCUAAAGAUAUUUUCACUGGAGCUUCAGGUUGAGAUUAAAUUUGUUCUGCAAGACCUGAAAGGGGCUUACUACCAAGAAAUCACUGACAUAGACUUUUUUCACAACAUGAUAAAUAAAGCCCUACAGAGUGUUUUUAAUGAAACAACCAGCUGCUUUGACAACAUCUCUUCAGUCAGGAUGAAUGUGUUCAGCCAGAGACCAGAAGAUAUUCUGAAAAACCAGUUGUGUGGGUGUUGGGUUCAGUGUCCCUUCUGUGCAGCUAUUUGUACAAACACCAUAGAAGGACAUGAAGGGAAACACAGUGUUCCUUUCCACAGACCUGGUGGAGUCAGUGGGAGGUCAUGGCACAAGACAGACAAUCUGACUAUAGACAUCUGCACCAGUUUAGUAGCUAGUGAUGCUAAAAUAGUCCUGCCAGAUGGAAAGCGGAUCCAUUACAAGAAAUUCAGAAACUCAAACUAUGCCUGUUGGGGCAUCACGCCUGACACUUCAGAACAGGCCUAUUGGAAAUGGUUUGUGUGUCGGUUUCAGGAAGACUUGGAGAAAUACUAUGGCAAAACUUUUGAGGGAAAAGGAGAGAUUCCUAAAGUUUGGAGGAACAUCACUAAUCAAACGGCCAAAGAAAGUUUGAAGAACAGAAUUUGAUAUAAUGAUAUAAUCUCCCACCUAUUUUUAUAUUCUUUCUUUUUGUUAUUAAUACUAAUUUCUCAACACUGCACAUCUAAUAAAGCUCUGACUUCAGACAUAUUUUAAAGGAACACAUCUUGUAAAGAAGAUGUGAAGAAGAUACUCAGACUUGUUAAUUUGUAUCACUGCAAAAAAACAGUAACAGACUUAAUAAAGAAAUGAUUUUAUAUUAUAUAAUUCCAUUACUGGCUGCAUGCCAUUUGGAGGCAUAGACAUAUAGAUGACCAUGUGAAGAUGGCACACACCUCUAGGGAUGGGACUGUUCAUUGUUGUGUCUGUUGUUGGUUUAAUAUAGAUAUAUGUGUUUAGCAUGUUAUUUUGUGUCUUGGGUUAUGAGUGUUUUGUAUUAGGGGUUGGCCACCAUUAGUAGAGGUAAAGAGCCAAUUGUGACCAUCACCAUUGUUUUCAUGGUUUUUUAUGUGCCUUUCUGCCUGACAUCUCAAUAAAGAGCACUACAGCAGAA